AUGGGCUCGGGGCGCCGGGCGCUGUCCGCGGUGCCCGCCGUGCUGCUCGCGCUCGCCCUGCCCGCGCUGCGCGUCUGGGCGCAGAACGACACGGAGCCCAUCGUGCUGGAGGGCAAGUGCCUGGUGGUGUGCGACUCCAACCCGGCCACGGACUCCAAGGGCUCGUCGUCGUCCCCGCUGGGGAUCUCCGUGCGCGCGGCCAACUCCAAGGUCGCCUUCUCGGCGGUGCGCAGCACCAACCACGAGCCGUCCGAGAUGAGCAACAAGACGCGCAUCAUCUACUUCGACCAGAUUCUUGUAAAUGUGGGUAAUUUUUUCACGCUGGAGUCUGUCUUUGUAGCCCCAAGAAAAGGAAUUUACAGUUUCAGUUUUCAUGUAAUUAAAGUCUACCAGAGCCAAACAAUCCAGGUUAACCUGAUGCUAAAUGGAAAACCAGUCAUAUCUGCCUUUGCUGGCGACAAAGACGUGACUCGUGAAGCCGCCACUAAUGGGGUCCUCCUCUACCUAGAUAAAGAGGACAAGGUCUACCUGAAACUGGAGAAAGGUAAUUUGGUCGGGGGCUGGCAGUACUCCACCUUCUCCGGCUUCCUGGUGUUUCCCCUAUAGAGUCUACCGCUCCGCGAUGUCCAGCGGGUGAGGGCGGCCCGUCUGGACGACAUGAAGAUCAUUUUCUCAUCAUCGGAUUGAUGUCUCUUAUUGAUUUCUCAUGGGUGAAUAUGGAUUCUCUUUAAGGAUUCUAGGCCCGUCCGAACCAAUACAAAGUCUCCCAGAUUACUUUCGUGUGUGCGUUUGAGUAUGUUUGGAUCGGAACCCCCAGCAGGCGAACCCCAGCUCUGAUUAAAUGUAAGCUCACGAGCUGUCUGCCGGGGCUCUUCUGAUUUUAAUUUCCUGGAAUUACUGAAUUCCUUGCAGAUGUGGAAUUUUAUUUGUUUAUUUUCAAAAGACUGCCCACCGGGUCUAAGAACGAGAACACUUGAAAGUUCGGACUUCAAUCAAUGGUUAGUGUGUUUCUGCCAAAGAACUGUGUGCUGUGUUCAUCUAUUGAUCACCCUUGUUUUUAUUCCUUUGGACUCUGUUUGUUUUGUUCUCCUAAGGUAACUGAGAAUUGUUUUUCAGUGACGAUUUUGUGUCUUCUCUACAAAUAGGGUGAUGGAUGGCUUGCCCGUGAAUUUACCCUAUGAGCUCCCCAACAUGACUUCCCCUAAAGAAAAUAAAAAAGAAUGCUUCAUAGUUGUAUUUUAAUUAUAUAUGUGAAAGAGUCAUAUUUUCCAAAUUAUUAUAUUUUCUAAUAGGAAGAAUAGAUCUUAAAUCUGACAAGGAACAAGUCUCUUCUCCGUGUUCUCAGUGCUCAGUCUGCCAACCUCCUCUACCAGUUCUCUCCUCCCUGGGAAAUCUUACAGUUUAUUGCUCAACUUUAAUUAACAUGAUUGAUAAUAACCACUUUAUUGGAAACCUGAGGGAUUUUUUUUUCUUUAGACAUGACCACUUUAUUAACGAGAGAUGGGAUGCCCUUGUUUUUAAUUAUGCCUAUUUUUCAAAUCUUCUCUUAUGUUUCAAGUAUCAUCUGGUUUUGCCUUAACUCCU